GAGCUGGCGGGCUCCGUCCAAUUGCGAGAUUAUUUACGAAAGAAACGGAAACGAAGAAACAAAGCACAAUUGUUCAGGAGAAAAUAAUUUCAAGCUCGCCGUUUGCUUCUCCGACUAGCUGCUCCUCGCUCUCGCCUGAGUAGAGCAAGAAAUCUCCAAUUUCCGUUAAUUCGGUCGGAAGCGGCGGAAGGGUUUCCGGAAGUCGAGCGCAGGGUCGAGUUGGGGGUAUGGCGAUGACGAUUGAAGGAGGAGGUGGAGGGACAUUGUCGGAGAUCUACCAGAGCGCGAAGAAACUGCUACUGAAAGCUCGAGACGGGAUCGAGAGAGUGGAGCGGCUCGAGAGCUCUACCUCUAAUGGAGGUUUGGAUUCUCCCGAGCUUUCCUUCGCCGUCAAGAAAGAUAUCUCUCAGAUCCAAUCCCUCUGCGCCGAGAUGGAUCGUCUCUGGCGCUCUAUAGCUUCCAAACCUCAACGCGAUCUAUGGAAAAGAAAGGUGGAACAAGUAGCAGAAGAAGCUGAAUCAUUGAAAGAAAGCCUGGAUAGAUACUUUGCGAGGAAUCAAAGACGAAUGAAGGAGGCACAAGAAAGAGCAGAAUUGCUUGGGAGAGCGAACGGGGAGUCUUCUCAUGUGUUGAGAAUAUUUGAUGAGGAAGCACAAGCAAUGCAAUCAGUCCAAAACUCUAAACGGAUGCUGGAAGAUUCUUUGUCCACAGGAUCAGCUAUCCUUACAAAAUAUUCAGAACAAAGAGAACGCUUGAAGAGGGCACAACGGAAAGCUUUGGAUGUGCUGAACACGGUAGGGCUCUCAAACUCUGUGUUGAGGCUGAUUGAAAGACGGAACCGAGUGGAUACGUGGAUCAAGUAUGUUGGUAUGGGCGUUACUAUCAUCAUCUUGUAUUUCUUCAUCUCCUGGAGAGGUUGAAUUGGCAGCUCUCUUGGUCUUCCUCUGCUGGCUUUCUUUGUCCUUCGAUUGUCUGCCUUAACACAGAUGAUAGAACCCAUUUAGCAUCCACAGGACGAAUGAGUUUGCAAGACAUCAUUAAAGAUACGGAAAGAUGUAUAUGCAUAGAGUCGAGUCACAUAUUACGACGACGAAAGAGGGUCUUGCAUGUUUUCCUUGGUGUGUACUUGAACCUGUUGGCAACGAAUGCAUUUGACUUGUAUGUAGUUAACAAAUAUGGAUUACAGAAUUUGAUUUUGGCGGGUCGCUUUCUCCUCUCGUUUUGAGUUGAGCACACUGCACUGCCCACUUACAUAUUACUUAUUAGCUGCUACUCCAUAUCUGUUGCACUCUAGUUUGCAUAUGGGUAGUUAACGGUUUGAUCUAAAACACCGAGGGUGUAUUUGUUUUAUUCUUUGAUUUUCUCAAACGUAAUUUUCUCUCUGGUUAGUUGAGUUUCCAGCCUUCAGGCUGAGCUGUUGGCGUCGGCAUCUGCGACGGCCACACCUCUUUUCCUCCUCAAUUAUGUUAUGAUGAGUAUCUCUUCUUCAACGAUGGUUGCUCCAGCAAUAGAUUUCCUAUCCGGCUCUAAUGACGUGCAAGGUGUUCCUGUGAAACAUCAAACCUUGGGGCAAGCUAACCGGCUUACGUAUAUCUCCUUUGAUUUUUGCUCUUAGACAGUGGCCAAGUUCGUGACUCCCUGCUCUGUGAUCGAUUGUUGCUGAUACAAUUGCCAUCUAAAGCGAUGUGUGAUUAGAUUCUACAAAGGUGAAAGUGAUCUGUGGUUCUAUUUUGAAAAUUUGUUUUAUCCGAGGCCAUGGACGCCGACGAUUCGUGUUGAGGAUAAUGGGCAGGCUUUGCCGAUCUGGUUACGUCUGUCAAAUGUACAGUUGG